UUUGUGUAUUUAGUUAUCUGAAUACCAAAACACCAAUGCAGCCAUGAUAAAGCACCUAGUUUUAUAGGAAUUUGUGCACUGUUUUGCAGUUUUUUUCUAUGACCAGGGAUAAUUUCCGAUAUUAAAUAGGGUUAACCGGAGUAUGAGUCCCGGAUGUCGUCGAGCGCGACAGUGAGGGGCGCGCCGCCCGCGCCCGCCCGCAUGGCGGAGCAGCGCCCCGGCAAGCACACGGUGCACUGGUUCCGCAAGGGGCUGCGGCUGCACGACAACCCAGCGCUGCGCGAGGGCCUCAAUGGCGCCGUCACGCUGCGAUGCGUCUUCAUCAUAGACCCCUGGUUCGCUAGCUCGUUCAACGUUGGAAUUAAUAAAUGGAGGUUCCUCUUACAAUGCCUGGGCGACUUGGACAGCAGCUUGAAGAAACUGAACUCGCGGCUGUUCGUGGUGCGCGGGCAGCCGGCGGACGCGCUGCCCAAGCUGUUCCGCGAGUGGGGCACCACCGUGCUGACCUUCGAGGAGGACCCGGAGCCCUACGGCCGCGUGCGCGACCACAACAUCAUGUCCAAGUGCCGCGAGGUCGGCAUCACCGUCAUGUCGCGUGUCUCGCACACCUUAUUCAAAUUGGACAAGAUUAUUGAAAGGAACGGUGGUAAGGCGCCGUUGACAUACCACCAGUUUCAAGCGCUCAUAGCGAGCAUGCCGCCGCCGCCCGCCGCCGAGGCGACCAUAACGCCUCAGCUCUUCAACGGGACCGUCACGCCCGUCGCGGACGACCACGACGAACGCUUCGGCGUGCCCACACUCGAGGAACUAGGUUUUGAAACAGAGGGUCUAAAACCGCCGGUGUGGGUCGGCGGAGAGAGCGAGGCCUUAGCGAGACUAGAAAGACAUUUAGAACGGAAAGCGUGGGUCGCUUCAUUCGGGAGACCAAAGAUGACGCCCCAGUCCUUGCUAGCAAGCCAGACCGGCUUGUCACCCUAUUUGAGAUUUGGAUGUUUAUCAACAAGGCUCUUUUAUUACCAACUGACAGAAUUAUAUAAAAGAAUCAAACAAGUGCGGCCGCCAUUGUCCCUCCACGGGCAAAUUCUGUGGAGAGAAUUCUUUUAUUGUGCGGCGACACGAAACCCCAAUUUUGAUCGAAUGGAAGGAAACCCUAUAUGUGUACAAAUACCCUGGGAGAAAAACCAAGAUGCCCUAGCGAAGUGGGCUAAUGGACAAACUGGAUACCCUUGGAUCGAUGCGAUCAUGAUACAGUUGCGCGACGAGGGCUGGAUCCACCACCUGGCGCGGCACGCCGUCGCCUGCUUCCUCACGAGGGGGGACCUCUGGAUCUCGUGGGAGGAGGGCAUGAAGGUGUUCGACGAGCUGCUGCUGGACGCGGACUGGUCGGUGAACGCCGGCAUGUGGAUGUGGCUGUCCUGCUCCUCCUUCUUCCAGCAGUUCUUCCACUGCUACUGCCCCGUGCGCUUCGGCCGCAAGUCAGACCCCAACGGAGACUUUAUCAGAAAAUACAUUCCAGCAUUAAAGAAGAUCCCUACGCAGUACAUCCACGAGCCGUGGCUGGCGCCCGAGGCCGUGCAGAUCGCCGCGAGCUGCGUCGUGGGCCGCGACUACCCGCUGCCCAUGGUGGACCACACCAAAGCCUCCAAGAUUAAUAUCGAGCGCAUUAAGCAGGUCUACGCCCAGCUUGCCAAAUACUCACCACAUGGUAAUGUCCUGAAUCCAAACAGUGUCCAGAGACCUAACGCGGUACUGUCGUCGCCGAGCCCGUCUUCUAUAAUCGCAAGCAUCAACCAGUCGAACUACCUGUGCAGCAAGUCUCCUGACCCUUCGCUAAACUCACAAACUCAACAAGAAAAAACGUACAAGGAAAUUCCGAACUAUAAUGACAGGAAUAGGGCUCUGCGACCCCAAAAGGUUAAGUCGUCUAAACCGCCACCCUUCAAAGAAAUCGUGAUUGUGCCUAUAGUACAAAAUAAUAAUGUGAACCACGAGAGUGUAGCAGACGGCAGAACUCAAUGAGCAGUCACAGCACGAACGUGCGAUGGUGCCCGUUUCGCCUUCAAAAAGUUACGUGCCCAAU